AUGGAGCCGCCCUGGGAGCUCGAGCUCGAGCUACGGAGGCACAUCGAGAACUGCGCCUGCACGUGCGACCACAUGGGCUACGGCAACUACAUGGACUACCAGGUGGCGCCGGCGGCUCACGCGUGUCUGUGCCGCGCCAUCACCUCUCCGCACGCCCACGCAGCAGUACCCGAAGGCAUGACGUUUCCGGGUUCUUUACCAGACGUUGCGGAGAGAUGUGGACGCUGGGCGCCGGAUUCAUUAUCAGCAUCUGCGUCCGGAAGCUCUGACGAAAAGCCAACGCCGCGACGGCCACGUUGGCGCGUAGCUUUAGCCGCGCUGGUUGUGUUGGCUGCGCUGGGGGCUGCUCUUGCACUGCCACUUGCUCUAGGUGGUGGUGGUCGUGCUACUCCCGAACAGCGAUUAACGACCAUUCGACGCAUGUUACGUGACUCUCCGCUCGUAGAUGGACACAAUGAUCUCGCUUGGAACGUUCGUAAAUUCCUUCACAACAAAAUUGGUGAUUUUAACUUAAGUGCGGGCUUGGAAAGUUUGGAGCCAUGGGCGAGGUCGCGCUGGUCGCACACGGAUAUCCCACGGCUCAGACUUGGACAGGUUGGUGCUCAGUUUUGGUCAGCGUAUGUCCCAUGUGGUGCCAGAGACAAAGAUGCCGUGCAGUUGGCCCUCGAACAGAUGGAUGUCAUCAAAAGGAUAGUCGAAAUGAAUGGGGCACAUCUCGCUUUAGUCACUGACGCAGCGGAACUAUUGGAUGCACAUCGAGAGGGCCGAAUCGCUUCCUUAAUAGGAGUGGAGGGUGGUCAUGCUCUUGGUGAUUCAUUAGCUGUAUUACGUGCUUUUUAUCAUCUAGGUGCUCGGUACUUAACGGUAACUCAUACGUGUGAUACUCGAUGGGCGCGUGCCGCUGGCACCUCAGGUGGACUCACAGAGUUCGGACGCGCCGUGGUUCGUGAAAUGAAUCGCCUUGGUAUGAUAGUAGAUCUUUCACAUGCUGGCGAAGAAACUGCACGUGACGCUCUAGAAACUUCGCAAGCACCAGUAGUGUUUUCUCAUUCAGGUGCUGCAGCAAUUUGCAAUUCUUCGAGAAACGUACCAGAUGAACUUUUACGAAUGAUAGCUGCAAAUGGUGGAGUAGUGAUGAUAAAUUUUUAUGCGAAACUUGUUACUUGUGGAGAGCGCGCGACAGUUGAAGAUGUUGUUGCACACAUUAAUCACGUUCGGAGAGUAGCGGGCGUGGAACAUGUAGGUCUUGGGGCAGGAUACGACGGUAUUGAUGCGCCGCCUGAGGGUUUAGAAGAUGUUUCACGCUAUCCGCAUUUGCUAGCAGAGCUGUUACGCGACCCUGACUGGAGUGAAGAAGAUGUGCGAAAGUUAGCUGGUAUGAAUGUGGUACGCGUUCUUCAACACGUAGAGCGAGUACGAGAUCAGUGGCGACGCGCCGCCGUUUUACCUGGAGAAGAAACUCCAGGUGUCCGCCGUGGCGAGUGCGUGUAUGGGCCUGCG